AUGCCUCCGAAAAUGGCACGCCAAUCACAAGUCCCACCUCAGACCCUUUCGCCCGUUAACUUGGGCGCUUACGGCACGCCUUCACCGAGCCUGCCGUCGGGCUCUUCUGCCGGCGCCGCAGCCAAGCCGCCCGUCAACAUAGCUGACCUGUGGGCGCAGCUAGCAGCGGUGUCGCCAACCGGCGGAGGCCGCGAUCGCUCCUCGCCGGCCGGGGUGCCGAGACGGCCCCUCACCUUCAAGCAGCAACUGCUCUUGGGAAGCAUGGGAUGUCACGACGAGGACGUCCUGCACGCGAAGCACACCAACGCUGAGUCCAACAUGCUCCUGGCCGAGGGCCGAAAGUACAGGGACGAGUUCCAGGCGCAGCACGGCGCCAAGCCCGCCAGCAGUAAGACGUCCUACCUUGCUGCCCAUUGCUCGCUUGCGCCAGCUGCCGGACCUCGUGCCCGCUUUCCAACUGCCCGGCCACAAGGAAACUUGAACCUAGGCCUUAUUCUUCGUUCCUACAUCAUAGCAAAGGACCGACGCGACGUGGCCUGUGCACACGCUGUUGCUGUGGUGCUGUUCUUGUUCUUCUGGUUGUGGUUCCUGUUGUUCUUGUAUACGCGCGCGCGACGACAUGACUGCAUGUACAUUGCGCCGUGCGCCAAACGCCCUGUAACUCGCUUCGACUAA